AAGCUCGUGCAGUGGUGCCACGGCGCGGGCGGAUUCGCGCCCGUGCUCGCGCACGCGAUCUCGCAUCCGGGGCCGUGCGUCGCCCCGGCGCGGGCGUACCACUCGCCUCUGUGCAAGACCGCGGAGGUCGUCUGGCGCAGAGGCGUCUUGCGGAAAGGCUGCGGGCUGUGCCACGGCGUCGCGGGGAACGGGUACGCGUUUCUUUCCGUCUACCGCGUGACUAAGGACGCGAGGUCGCUGGCGCGCGCGAAGCGGUUCGCGCGGUACUGCGCGAAACACGCGGUCGAGAGCAGCCGCGACGCGGACCGACCGAGCUCGCUGUUCGAGGGGCUGGCCGGCGUCGUCGUGUUUUUGGCGGACACGCUCGCUCCGGAGACGUCGUGGUUCCCCGGGUUCGAGCUCCCC